UUGGAUAUUUUGGAUAUAUUAUUUAUACGUUUCAUAUUAAACUAUUGAUGAGAACAGCAUAUGUAAAGAAAAAAAAAAAAAAAAACCUAGGAAUUACAUCCAUUCAAACUUGUUUGGUGAGUGACGCCAGUCAGAAAUAGUUUUGCAGAUGAACUUGUUAGACGUGUGACUUUUUCAGGGUUGACAAGGAAGUAUCAUCCCCCCCUUUUACAGUCAGUUUCAAAAGGUACACAGCAAUCAUGAGGGACAGACUGGAUCAUCUUCAGACCAUUUCAGAGUCUAAAAGCCAGCUAGAGGAGGUGGAAUCUGACUCUUUCAGCAAUGUGGACCUGGAGGAUUUCAGCCAACAUGCAGUCAUUUUUGACAACAGUGAUGAGAUGGACUCUGUGCUCGAUGAGGCUCAAGACACUAGACGUGAGAUUCAGUUCAUCCGCCUGGAGGUGAAGCGUCUCAGGGACCAAAACACACGGAUACUUAGCGAACCCACUCGUACAACUCACGUAAAGCAGGAUGCCAGUGUCAUCGUAGGAGACAUCAAGACCCGUGGACAGGACGUUCUGUCACGUCUACAAAAAAUGGACGCCCAUGCCAAAGAGCUUGAAGAAGAGCAUGGCCUCAAUUCAGCUGUGGCGAGAAUCGCCCGAACACAGUACGCCACCCUAAGCAACAACUUCCGAGAUGCAAUGACAGAGUACAAUGAUGCUGAGAUGGAUCACAAAGAAUCAUGCAAGCGUCAUAUUCAAAGGCAAAUGGAGAUUGUGGGAAGAGAUGUGACAGGUGACCAGAUUGAGGAGAUGCUGGAGAAUGGUCAGUGGAACAUCUUCAAUGAUAACGUCAUGUCAGAAGGGAAAACGGCUCGUUCGGCGCUCAACCAGAUUGAGAGGCGACAUCGUGACCUGCUGGAUUUAGAAAGCAGACUCCAGAGCCUUCAUGAAGUCUUCCUGGAUGUGGCUAUGCUUGUAGAGGAACAAGGGCCCAUGACAGACUACAUCUUAAACAAUGUUCAGAAAACAGAUGCUAUGCUUGGUGAAGUCCUUAUCAAACUGGAACAGGCCAAGAGACAUGACAAUAACAACCCAUUCAAGAAAAUGUUCUGUGGAUGCUUUCCAUGUGCUAAAAACUGAGUGAGCAGUGAGGAAUUGUGCAUUGGAGGGCUGAAAGUAUAUCAUUUAAAAAAUGAGUAGCCAGAGAUACGUAGAGAAAAGGGCCAUAGUUUUCCAAAACUAAGCUCUCUGAGUGAUCAUUGAACCUGAUGCUACUGAAGUGAACAGUAACACAUGAGAGCAAAAUAAAGAACUAAAACAAACAUACAGUCCUUCCAUUUUGCCUUCAUAAAAAAUGCCUUUUCAUUUGCAGUUUGAUACUUGUAAACAUAUACUGUAAAUGCUAGAAAUGGUGUAAUAUUGCAAUAAUUUAUUAACAUAAUUUACAUGAUUAUCUUACAUCAUUCUAAUGUGGUUAAAACUGAAUAUGCACUUUUUUUAGACUCUUUUACAUUAAAUAAUCCGAAAUAUGAAGUUUUUAGUGCAAGUUGAUUUUCAGUCAAUUCAUGUUUCUGAAGCAAUAUGAGCUAAAUAAAAUAUCUUAUAUAAUUC